CACAUGGAGAAUGGUACAAAUGUGACAGAUUUCAUCCUGGUGGGUCUAACCAAUGCCCCAGAACUUCAGAUUCCCUUCUUUAUUGUGUUCACCCUCAUUUUCCUCAUCAGUGCUUUUGGAAACCUGGGGAUGAUCACAUUGAUCCUGUUGGAUUCCUGUCUCCACACCCCAAUGUACCUUUUCAUCAUUAAUCUGUCUUUGGUGGACUUUGGCUACUCCUCAGCUGUCACACCUAAAGUGAUGGCUGGGUUCCUUAGAGGAGACAAGGUCAUCUCCUACAAUGCAUGUGCUGCUCAGAUAUACUUAUUUGCAGCCUUUGCCAGGGUGGAAAAUUUCCUCUUAGCCUCAAUGGCCUAUGACCGCUAUGCAACAGUCUGUAAACCCCUACAUUACACCAUCACCAUGACGACAAGUGUGUGUACAUGUCUGGCCAUAGGCUCCUAUGCAUGUGGUUUCUUGAAUGCUUCCAUCCAUGUUGGAGGCACAUUCAGUCUUUCUUUCUGUAAGUCCAAUGUGGUCCAGCACUUUUUCUGUGACAUUCCAGCUGUCAUGGCUCUCUCUUGCUCAGAUAAACACAUUAGUGAGGUGGUUCUUGUUUUAAUUUCAAGCUUUAAUGUCCUUUUUGCUCUUCUGGUAAUAUUGAUUUCCUACCUUUUCAUAUCGAUCACUGUCUUGAAGAGGCACUCAGCUAAGGGAUAUGAAAAAGGUUUGUCCACCUGCGCUAGUCACCUCUCUGUAGUCUCCAUCUUCUAUGGUACAGUCCUCUUUAUGUACUUACAACCCAGCUCCAAUCAUUCCAUGGACACAGACAAAGUGGUGUCUGUGUUCUAUGCUAUGGUCAUUCCCAUGCUGAACCCUAUAGUCUACAGCCUGAGGAACAAAGAGGUUAAAGGUGCAUUCAAGAAGGUUUUGGGGAACGCAAAAUUCUCUCUAGCCUUUGGAUUUUAA